AUGUCAGAUAGAAUAGUUACUCGGAAAUUUGCAAAAGAAAAUAAUAUAGAUAUCAAUCUGGAUCCUCCCGGAGAAAAUCCAGAUUCAUCCACUAAAAAACAAAAAAAUCCUCAUCGUCCUAGUGGAAGACGUUCACUCAAAGAUACCUCGAUUUCACUUAGUUAUUCAAAUUUUGUUCAAAAUAAUAAUUUACAUAGUACUAACCAACUAACUAAUGAAAGUAUUGAAGAAAAUCCUAAUGAAAAUAAUUCUGAAUCUAAUCAUCAUUCUAAUAUUGAAAAUUCUACUGAAUCGUUUGAAAAAUCACCCUCAAAUUUACAAGAAAAUAAAAAAGUAAAUACACAUGACAAUCAAACAAAUGAUUCUGCACAACAUUCUGAAGUUAAUUCUACAAAUGAACACCCACAUAAUGCACCUUUAAAUGAUGAGCAAUUUAUAACUGCUUGUAAUGAAGCUUUUAGUUCUUUACCGAGAGAUGCUGAACUUAAUUUGGUUAAAUUAUUGCGAAAAAAAUUAAAAGGCGAUUUAAGUAAAUCUAUAAACUGUGCAACAGUAAAUACAAAACAAGAAUUUUAUGACUUUUUAAGGGGAAAAGCAGCCCCAAAUAAAACAGAAAUGCAAUUAUUGGGUGAAUUGGGUCGCGUUUAUCAAAAAAACAGGGAAUCUGUUUUAAAAUAUUCUAAUCGAAUUUGUGAUAUUGCAUCACAAUUAGUUGAAGUACACAAAAGAACACAUACACAAGUAGAAAACGAUGCUUAUAUACUACAAGUUGAGCGAAGAGCCGUAGAAAGUUUUUUAAAUGGUCUUAAUCCUGAAAUCGAAAAAUUAAGUGAAUUUGAAAAUAUAAAACGAAGGGGAAUUGAAAAACCCGUGUUUCUUUGCGACGAAGUCAAUCGCGAACACAAUAAUUCUCAAAAACCACAUCAAUCUAAUUACCAACAAAAACAAGAUUUUUACUCUCAAAAUAAACAAUUUGAUAAUAAUAAAAAUUUUAAUCAACAAUCAAACUUAAGACAAACUGUAAUUUGUCAGUUUUGCGAUAAAGCAGGUCAUACUGCUGAUAAAUGUUUUAAAUUAUUAAAUUCUAGAGAAAGUCAAAAUGUUGAAAGAUGUCAAAUUUGUAAUAGAUCUGGUCAUAUUGCUAAAAUUUGUAGAUUCAAACACGAAUUUUUAAAUAACAAUUCUAAAAACUUUAAUAAAUGUUUAACUUGUGGUAGCCAUGAACAUUCAAGUAAUAAUUGUCCUAAACAAAUUAUUAGUUGCGAUUAUUGUAAAAAAAUAGGUCACAAAAUUAGAGAUUGUUGGAAGAAAAUAAAUGAUGAAGAAAAACAAAUAAGAGAAAAUCAUCCUUCAACCUCUAAUUCACAUUUUGGAUAUAGCGUAAAUCCUAAUGUCGGACGAAUUUCAGUAAUGAUAGACACAGGUAGCGGUCCUAAUAUUUUAAAAGAAAGCUUUUGUCCAAAAGGGGCAAUUCUAGAUAAAACUAAAACUAUAAAAUUACUUGGAAUUAACGAAAUUCUAGUUGAAGCAUUGGGUGAAGUUGAAUUAGAUUUUCUUGAUUUAGAAAUUAAAUUUUUAAUAGUUCCUGACGAUUUUCCAAUCGAGCAAUCGGGAAUAUUGGGUUCGAAUUUCUUUGACGAAGCGAAAGUUUAA